AUGUCUUCCAAACCAUUUCGGCGCCUUCCCACGUCUUCCACCAUCCCCGAGAACACCAUGCAGGUGCUAAGAAUCUCAAGCAAUGUGAAGCGACGCAGUUCUCCAAAUUCAACAAAUGGUGGCUCUCGUCCGUCCGUCAAGGUUCCGCCCACGUGCCCCCUUGCCAUGCGUUACGUUGUAAUUGCAGCCGGUCAUAGCGCCCGCUCCUUUGAAACGCCAAUGAGAAGCAGAGCUAGUCGGAACUCUAUUCCAAAACUGGCGAGCGGGUGCGGAGUUGGAAAGUCGAGGCAGUCUCCGCGGACCAAGCCACUAAGUGUUUGCGGAGCACUCGAUCAGCCUCAGAAAAUCCGUGGCUAA